AUGAAUAUAACUGCAAUAGAUACAUCAUCGGAAAACUAUGAUUCAUUUAUUAAAUAUAUGCGAUCUAUUAAUUUUAUUCUAUCAUGUACGGGUCUUUUAUUUAAUUUCUUUUUAAUAAUUAUACUUUUACUUAUUGGCCGUCGUCAAUGUGCAACAUAUUUUUUAUUAAUAUUAAUGACAAUAUGUGAUUUUUUAUAUUGUACUGUUUAUGUAAGUAUUGUCUUAACCGUUGAUCAAUAUAUUAAUAUAAUAAAUCAUGAAAUCUUAUGUCCAUUAUCAUUUUUUUUAACACCGUUUACAUUUACGGGAUCAACUCUAUUACUUUUUAUUUGUCUUAUACAUUUUAUAACAAAUUAUGUACGUCGAUAUGAUACGGUAUUAGGUCAAAUAGGUGGACCUUUAUCAGUUGUAUUUGUUUUGGCAUUUGUUAUUAUACGAAGUGUACUUGGUUCCACAUCUGUUGAAUUAAUUAUACUUGAUCCAAAUGUACCCAAAAUGCGUUUUUGUACUAUUGAUAUGAAUACACCCCCAAUAGUUGCAACUGUACAACAUAUAAAUCAUAUUUUUGCUGAAGUUACUGACAUACUUGUUUAUAUUGGUUGGAUCGUUGUUUUAAUAAUAUAUUUAAUCAAUUUAAUUUGUUGUAAAAAAUCUUCAUUUUGUACUCAAACAGAAUUGAAUACAUCGUCAUCAAUGCCCAAACCACUUUCAUUUACUUCAUUAUUAGUUCAUAAUAAUAAUAUUAUUAAUCAUGAACAAAAUACUUUAUCAAUGACAUUAGAAUUAUCUGAUAUAUUAAAUUUAACAAAUGAAAUAAUAUUAACAAAUAAACAAAGACAUCAUGAUGUAUCAUUAAUUAUUAUUUCAAUUAGUAUUAUUUCUGUUAUAUUCUAUUUACCAAUUAUGAUAAGUAAAUAUUCAACAAUGUAUUCCGUAUAUCGUGAACAAACAUUUUUAACAGACGAUCAAGCAUUUUUUUUACAAAUAUUACAACAUACAGCACAUUUAUUUUGUUUAUCUAUUAAAUUUUUACCAUAUCUUAUAUUUGAUAAACGUAUACAUUUAUUCAUUAAUCAAUUAAUUGGAAUAAAAUGUAUGAAAAUUCAACGAAGAAAAACUUUAUCAAGACGAAGAAGAUAUCAAAUAAAACAGAAAUAUAUUUUUCAUUGUCAAUGUUAUCGACGACCACAAAUACGAGAUUUUAAUAAUCAUAAUGAAGGUGAACAAUAA